ACUCGCGACGCGCCGGCCUCCAGGUCCCGCCGCGCAUGCGCUCGGCGGUCAGCAUGAGGGUCGCGGCCCUGAUCAGUGGUGGGAAGGACAGCUGUUACAAUAUGAUGCAGUGCAUUUCUGCUGGACAUCAGAUUGUUGCUUUAGCAAACUUAAGACCAGAUGAAAACCAAGUGGGAACUGAUGAAUUGGAUAGCUACAUGUAUCAGACAGUGGGUCACCACACCAUUGACUUGUAUGCAGAAGCAAUGUCCCUUCCCCUCUACCGCAGGACCAUAAGAGGCAAGAGCUUGGAUACGGGACAUGUGUACUCCAAAUGUGAAGGUGAUGAGGUUGAAGACCUCUAUGAGCUUUUGAAACUUGUCAAGGAAAAAGAAGAUGUAGAGGGGAUAUCAGUAGGAGCCAUACUUUCUGAUUAUCAGCGUGUUCGAGUAGAAAAUGUAUGCAAAAGGCUAAGUCUUCAGCCUUUGGCUUACCUUUGGCAGAGGAACCAGGAGGAGUUGCUCCGAGAGAUGAUCGAAUCUGAUAUUCAAGCCGUGAUCAUCAAAGUGGCAGCUUUGGGUUUAGAUCCAGAUAAGCAUCUUGGUAAAACCCUGACUGAAAUGGAGCCUUAUCUCUUAGAGCUUUCUAAGAAGUAUGGAGUCCAUGUGUGUGGAGAAGGUGGAGAAUAUGAGACGUUCACUUUGGACUGCCCUUUAUUUAAGAAGAAAAUAAUUGUGGACUCCUGGGAAGUAGUCGUCCAUUCAGAUGAUGCAUUUGCACCUGUGGCCUACCUACGCUUUUUAGAGGCGCACUUGGAAGACAAGGUGUUUCCUGGUCCUGACAGCUACAGAACAUCCAAUGAUAGACACAAUUCAUGAAAGUGACAUAGCAUUUUUAAACUAUGAUGCCAACCUUUUCCCUUUCCUUUUCUUUUUUACUUAGAAAAUGACACCUUUUUCAAGAAGAAAUUAACGGAACCAUUGAUUAGCUGUGAAAACAUCAAUAGCUUAUUCCUUCAUAUUGACAACUUCCUUUGGAUUUGCCCUUUCUCUUUAUUUAGCACUUCCUCUCUAUGGCCACUUCCUGGAAUGUGUCUCUUAAUUUUCCUUUUUCUCACAUGGUACAUUUCUUUUUUUUUUU